AUGGCGCAGCCGUGCAAUAGCCUGUCCGAGUUCCCCUACGCGGAGGCGGCCAAAUCGCUAGCGAAGCGCACCUCACUUACUAACCAAGGUGCGCCACCGCCGUGGACGAAGUCGAUCAUGGAGUCGACAGCAGUCUGUACAGAGGACAAAGUGUUUGUCAUCGGCGGGAUGGAUACGUGUACGCAGCGCAUCGUGCCGUACGCACGGGUAUGGGAUGCCGUGACGCACGUCUGGACGCGAUUGCCCGACGCCCCGGUCAGGGUCGCCCACGCAAGCGCCGCCGCGCUGCCUGCCGAGGGGUCCAUCAUCUUAUUUGGUGGGUGGGACGGCACAAAGUGCAACGCAGAGCUGUGGCAUCUCCACCCUCGUCGCCACGACGGCGCCACUGCAGGUGCGGAUAGGGUGUCCCCGCCGAGCCUCGGAGUGACUGGAGGAGGACGUCCCUCCACCACUCCUACAACUGCACGGGAACGGGCGUCAAAAGGCGAUGAUGAGGCUGCGCUUCAGUGGGAUCGACUGGAAACCGACACGCGUGUCUCUGCACGACCGGUGGGGCGAUACGGACACGCGCUGGCUUUUGGAGUUUCUGCUCCGGCGGAACAGUCGCAGACUAACCCACCAUCAUCGCCGGCUGCGGGGCUGCUUCAGCCCUCUGAUGAGGCGACGGGACCUGCCGCUGCGGCGACCAUGUUCUCUGGUGCGCCAACGCCGACAACUCUGGAGCCGGUUUUCUAUCUUUUUGGUGGCAAUGACACCACUUCGCGGCUGAAUGACGUGUGGCGGCUCUGGCUCACGCCGUCCAUCCAGCAACGCGUCGCGCACUGGGAGCGGCUGAAGGCGACCCCUGGCGUCUGCCCGUGUCCGCGUGAAGAUGCCGUCGUAGCGUUUGACGCGGCUCGACAGUGCCUUUGGCUGUAUGGCGGCAGUAGCGCCACUGGCGCCCUCGACGAUUUGUGGUGCCUUUCCUUGGUCGGCGAGUCAUGUGUAAGCGGGCUCACAUGGACACCUGUCUAUUCACUGGGCGGACACCGACUGGCACCAACCCGGUGGAACCUUUCUACAAAGUGUAUGCCGGUCGCCGCGGUGGUGGAGGACGGCAGUCUCUACGUGCUAUUUAACGAGGCACCAAAGUCGUCGAAGUGCCUCCACACAAACGGCCGAGAGCCGCUCUACCGUUUCUGUUUGACAACGCAUCACUGGCUCUCUUGCUCCCUCUGCCAGGAGGAAGCGGCCUCGAGCCAGCCCUCAUCGUCCCUGCGAACAUCGCUCCCCCUUGCGCAGCAGCUAAGCUCAUUCCGCGUUGUCGCAUCGUGCGCGUGCAAUCGCUUUCUUUUCUGGCUGAUGGACUCCGCGGGUGACGAACCUUCCGACACGCAGAGCAAGCCGGCAGUGGUCCAGGUGGAGCUAAACUCCCUCGACACAAAACCCACGAAGCGGCGUGCGGAGCGCAGUCGAUAA